AUGAUAGUGACAAUGAUGUGGGUGAAGGCGUUGGUUUUGUGUGGAUUCGUACAUGGAAAAUAUAAAGAUAACACUGGUAAUUUGCUUCGCUUAACCUAUAUUUGAUGUAAUGUACAGAAUUCGAUGAGAAAAUGAAGGAAAUCAUACGGAAACGGGCGGGCGGUGAUCCGAGUUUUCUUCGCGAAUACGUCGACGACGCGGGAGUUCCGAGGAGCUUCCGACCUGAAAACUACACGAAUCCACCGUACUGUUUCGAUAUCGCCGACAGGAUUCUGACGCAUAGAAAGUACGCGGAGUGCACAAUGAUGUCGGCGGUCAACGGGUUAGCUGUUGGUUUUGAUUUUGAAGCAUUAGUUGUUGUGUUUCAGGUCGACUCUGCUGUUGAAAUCCUUCCCCGCCUACGAUCGAUUUAUUUUCACAGUCGCUUUGUUGGAGUUGAAGAACGUCGAAGUAAAGUUGGAAUACGAGUCCGAGCUCACUUACUUGUACUUUUCGUCGUUCCGCAAAUGCGACAAUUGUCUGUUCAAUUUCGUGAAGAACCCCGCUCUCGUCGGCCUUUACUUUACGAAUUUGGAGAACAAAACGGUGAUUGCUCAGGUUCCUGUGCAUUGUGAGCGCCUGAGCACACUUACUUCACGAGACUGAAUUCAAAUUCAGAUCGUCCGAAGAUCGUUCUACGUGGCAACUCGCGCCUCAAAAUUGUCGAGCAUAGAAAGCGAGAACGACUGAUGGGAUUGUGCAAUCCGGAGCUGUGUAACCUUCAGUGGGACACCGAGUGUCAUUUCCGUUCGUCGAUCCGAAGUUCCGAACAGUACAGUCGCUGCCGCCACGUGUACGGUGACAUGUCCUUCCAGCCGAGAUUCCAGGAAGUGUUUCCGUUGUCCGCACAAUUCACAAUCGAAGGAUGCUUCUAUUUCAACCGCACCGGCAUCCGAUUCGUCAGAGAACUGCUGAAGGUGAAGACGAACUGCUCACGGCAGCACGUUUUCGAGCACAACGAGUACAUGUGCACGGAUCAGAUCGACGAGAUGAAGAGGCAUUGGGGCGAGGAUAAGGUGAAGGUGAUUUCCGAUAAGUCGCCCAUCCACUGCUACCGUAAGUUUUCCGGAGUUCUCAUGUGUCCGACGUACGUCAGUCUCAUUUCAGAAGGAGAGUGUCGAGGAGGAUUCAUAGCCGAACGGCAUGGCGACAGACACGUCGGCUGCGAGAUCUUCCAGGGCGAUGUGUACGUGGCAAACAUUAGCGGAAACCUAACGGACGGAAUUCGUGAUAUGUCGAUGGCUCACUACAUCAACGGACGUCUCCAACUGUCGAACAAUCCCUCGAUCACCGAUCUGCCGUUGCCAUUCCUCAGAGCUAUUAAAUCGAAAGAAUGUGAGCGAUUUCUGGGUGCAGUGGAUCGUUCAUGCGCUGUUUAGGUCCGGCGUUUUCGAUAGUGAACAUGACAAACUUGCGGAACGUCGUCUUCCACCCACACAUCGAGUUCAAGUGCGACGGCAAAGGACCGACGGUUUUCAUUGAGAACGCUCCGAAGCUCUUCUUGCACAGGGAAAUGCUCACAAGAAUGAGAAUGAGAAGCUAUAACUUCACCGAGUUCGACUAUGAAAUUCACAACUUUGGCCUCGACUCGGUGACGUACACGAUGAUCGGCUGCUGUGUCGCGAUCAUUGUCGUUGUGGAAGUGUACAUGUUCCUUCGCAACAGCCUCCUCCUCCCCAACUUUCUCUAUCGCCUGUUCCCGAUGCAAGUGCCACGAUACCCGCGACAGAAGCCUGUGAAGAAGAGAAAAGUUCAGUAA